AUGGAGCAGAGGAUUGCCCUCGGCUACGGCCUUCUCAUUUGCCUCGUGGUCCUGGUGAGCGCAUAUCUGUGGUACAUCUAUUCGCUCCUACAAAGAAACGUGCCCACGAACGUCCGGUUCGACCCUGGAGAGGCGGCGUCGUCCGACGUUGAGGCCGGCAUCGAUCAGGCAACGCUAGAGUGCUACCCGAAGAUGGCGUACUCGCAGGCCAAGCUGGAGAAGGGCACCACCGCAACCUGUUGUUCCAUAUGCUUGGGUGACUACAGGGACGCCGACGUGCUGCAGAUGCUGCCACAGUGCGGGCACCACUUCCACGUUGACUGCAUCAACCGGUGGCUGACGUCGCACGCGUCCUGCCCCAAUUGUCGCUCUUUGCCGGCGCCUGGUUCGUGA